UCGAUGAAUAUUUUCUUUUGCGCUGUGAAGUUGAGGAGGAAGUCACGUUGCUCGUCAUCUGAGUUUGAAAUUUAUUGGGAAUCUGAAGUAGAGUGAGUUUGAUUGCAGGAAGAUGGAGGUUAUGGAAGAAGGUAAUCUCAUGGAUAGGAUUCCGAUCCUGCUCCAACGAGAUUUGCAGUAUUACGAGGCCAACCAAAAAGUGCUGCAGGAGAACAUCUGUCCCGGAGUCGUUGGCGGCAAGUUGGACUUCCCCCGGUCUGCAUCCUUUGCAUCGGUUAAGAUAGUUGUCUGGUUGGAGGACGAGUACUUUGCUGCCUACAGGAAGAACUCGGGACUACUACAUCUAAGCGAUGUGCUCCAGGAUCACCAGGGGAAGGAAUCCGACGAAGCGGCCGGAUGUGGCGGCAUAGUUAAGUCUUCGGAUCCGGAGAAGUUUGUACUGUUGGUGGUCAAAUCGGUGGACAACCUGCUGGAACACAUCCACACGCUGUCCCAGGAAGCUCUGGAUCACGCUGACCUAACUGUGCUGACGGCAACUAUUGGGGCCGCUGCGCUGGUCAAGAACAGCCUCUUCGUCUGGCUGGGAUGCGUUACCAAGAACGUCUGUCCACCCAAGGGCGACGAGAAGGGCGGAUCUCUCAAGAUGAGCUACAAACAAUUCUCCGAGAUGACGGAGGCUUUGGCUGAACGAUUACUCGAUCUUCACUGCCGUCUGCUGACCCUGUACAUCAUCCAGGACGCAGAUUGUCUCCAUUGGGAAAGUCAGCAUCCGUUUUUCGAAUCGGAACGUGGUUCGUACACCAUCCAGAUGUGGUGGCUGUACAUGCAAGGAACCAAACAGGACUUGUGGAACUCCGUUCCACCGACGAUGGCUCAACGGGUGUUCGCCGGAAUGCUCAACGAAACACUCACAGUUCUGACAGUUCGCUACACGCAGACCGUGCCAAGUCGGGCUCGGUCCAUGCUCCUUCUGGUGGACGUUUCAAAUAUCUUGCUCUGCGUUGGUGAGCUUCUACCGGCAAUCUGCGAGAACGGUGAAGGAUUCGUUGGGCUCAACAUCACUAACCAGAGCAAGAUCAUUCGAGAUAUUCACUCCAAGUGUCAGGAACUGUUCUGCUGCUUACUGCUCCGUGGCGUACCCCUUGGGGUGCUCUAUAAGAUCACCAAGAAGGGCGUCAACUCGAUCGUCAUGUUCAACCAGCGUCAGGGAUUGAUCACUCCUUGGACGAUCUUUGCCCUACCGAAGCUAUUCCCCACGAAUCAAAACGGACACUGGGCAACACGCUGUUCAGAGCUACCGACCAAUACGGCACUGUCGUUGGAAUUGAAGGUCCUGCUGGCAGCUCCCCAAGCGAAUUGGUGGCUUCUGUUGAAGGUUCUCCUGAUGCGAGAAGCGCACCUUUCCUCGAUGAUCUUCCAUCACUUGAUCAAGAACUUGCCAACGUGCGACAACUACAUCCCAAGUUCAAAACAACCGUCGAUCAAUCGCGAGAGUAUGUCCAAGAAGUGCGAAGGCUUUCUUUGCGGUAUGGAAUGCAACGACAUCGUCCAGUGGUCAUUGGAGCAAAAGGACCCGAUCGGGCAAACCAACUAUCAAGUUCUGAUGGGCUUAACGUACAUCGUUAUCAUGGCCGGCAAGACCUCUGACGUCAACAAGACGCUCAUCUCUGCCCUGGAGAAAAGCAAGCUGAACGACUGGGCUUCCUGCCUGGACAGACGCCAAGUCUGGAACCAGAAACGCCCUCCAUGGCUGGAGGCCAUCCUGCAUCUAAUCUACCCCAUCUUGAACCCCAUCAUUCACAUGUUGGUCUCGGCGGUCCAAACCACCGCAAGCAUCUACCAAGCCAUGUCCCUUUCCCUGUCCUGCUUCUCAGAAAUGUGGGACUGCAUUCCGGACUGUCUCUACACGGUCAUCAGCUGCUUGACGGAGAUUCUGCCGGCCGAGAUCAGACCUCUGGGUGAUUCGGUUCUCAUACAGCUUCUCUACAUGGCCCUCUACUCCAAGUUGCUGGAGGCGUCCGAGAGCGAAGCCGAAGCGGAGCUAAAAGAACAAAAGGAGAACAAAGAUUCCACCACUCCACCGACUCCAGCCAUGGAAGGCCCGGUAUCGACGAUCAACAUGAAGCCACGAUCGGUCAUAUGUCAAACGCUGGCCGAGGCGAUCUGCUUCAUCGACGAAGACAACAAACACACCGAUCAGAUCAACUCGCUGAUCAACCAGGCUCGCGAGAGUCAACGGUCCACCAACACGCUGGAAAACGAGAUGGAGGAGGCCGUUGGGCUGAGCUUCGCGAGCACUUCGAAGAUCGACGAACUGGACGCGUUCAUUCAUCCUUCACCGAGCGUUCGCUCCGAGGAGGAGUUCGACGUGGAAAACGCUGAGUACAUAGCUGAAAUGCUGGUCAGUGACGUGCUGAUGACCGGCGUUGGAAAGCUUAGCAUGAAGAUGAUCUACCAAUACAUCCGGAAGAACUUCGAGUGGAUUCUGCAGCAGCUGGGAGUCAGUGACGUCCUGGUUAACCCGUUGCAGCCCAGUCCGGGGCAGAACAUCAAGGAAAACCAGCAGAGCUUGAUCGACAUCAUGUUCCACAUCGGCAACCAGUCGUUCGAUCAACUGCUGAGCGGCCAGCUGGAUAUCGACUACAACAGUUGGUUUCAGACACCGAUGUCGAUGAGCGCGGAGAAGGCCUGGCUGCAGGUUUCCCAGCGGUGGGAGUUUCAACCGACCGCAAAGCUUUCGGUCCACGAAGCGCUUAUGGUGUCGUUCAUCACGUCGCAGCUGAAGCCUUGAAUCUAGAGCUGGCAUUUAGUACCGUUCUACGCAUAAUUGUCCAUGCUAUAUGGGAUUCCCAUAUAAUAUGGAACAUUCGGGCGUAAAACGGCAGUAACGUAUUAGAUUGACGAAGAAAAAUUGCAUUAAAUGCAUGAUUUUUUAGACAAAUAUGGUCUUUUAUAGUAGUUGUUCAAUAGGGCCCUGCAUUUAAUGUGCAUGGAAAUUAGGGUGGUCCAUAUUAUCAAAGAAAAUUAUCUAUAAAGUCUUAAGUAUGUGUUCCAGCAUGUUACUGUUUAAAUCUGCUUCACUGUUUAUUUAUCUAUAUACAAUACUAAUGGUUCAAACACAGACAAACAGACGUCUCACUCUACUCACUUCCCAUCGUUUCCCUUUUUAACGGAUUAUUCAAAUAUUUCGGCGUUCGCAAAUCGCUCGCUGAUGGCGCACGCAUCGUUUUUGCUCCUGUUUGACGUUUGCUCACUACCGCCAUCUACUCAGUGGGUUUGCGUACCACAGCAUAAUUAGCAUUGGGCGGUUAUGUUUGCGUGACGAUGAUUUUUAUCGCAUUUUGUUCCAAGUAAUACGUCUGUUUGUCUGUGGUUCAAAUAUACUCCACAGAUUAAUCACAUAAAAUGCGAUAAAUAUUUUCUCAGAAUUGACAGUUCCUUCCUUUUAUGCCACAGAAACCAGGUAAGGCAUGGUUCCAAUAAUCAAUUUCAAUCUAUACACCACUUCCUUAUCAAACGGGGACAUUUUCUUAUCCGCAAAGGCAAAGGACCUCCAACUUAAAGAAAACCCUUGUUAAUUAUUCAAAGAGGUUUGUGAGGAAGAGUAAAAAGCACACUAAAAGUAGUCUGACGAGUAGUCUCCAGUUGGUUGUUCCGAUGGAAGUUUUAUCUCUCAUUCAAGAUAAUGCACAACCGAGCAAACGCCUCCUCUUUUACGAGGGUGUCCGAGUGGACCACCACGCCGCCUCUAUCCAUCCGCAAAAGCGGAGAGUUUAGUAUCCUUUGCAUAUUUCAUUGAAUCGCUUUCGUUGAUUCCUUCACUCUUGGCCACAUUUCGCAUCCGGAAAAGUUCCGUUGAAAGCAAUCUCCUUUUCCAUCGUCGAUCGGUGCAUUUUUUUUCUGGAUGCGUAUUCAAGGUCGUGUUUGGUAUUUGCUAAGUAAUAUAGAAUCAUGGAGUCCUAUCUUAAGUUAAACAUGGGCCAGUAAAACAACAAAGCAUGGGCCAGAAGUUCAUGGGCCAGAAGUUAUUAGGGCCGAAUGGAUUGCAUUCUUAGUAAGAUGUUCUCCUACUGAAAAAUAAUUUAUAACAUCUAUCAAUUUUUGAGUUUCUAGACCCCCCCUCUGUCACGCCAUUUUAUAUACCUAAU